AUGCCGAGGCCGCCCACAAAACGCAAUCGCUUGACAUCCAAGGUUCCGCCAGCCGUCGAAAAUGAAAGUCAACAGAUCUCUGGACGGCAUGGUAUAUCCUCGAAGGCAAACACCAAGCCCACAGAAGACGCAAACCAGGUCGUCAUGGAAUUUCCUGAGGUGGCCCAAAGUGGCCAAGUCUCGGAGAUCAGGCGGCAAUUGCGGAAUCAGACGCCUUUAACGAGAGCACAAGAACAUGCCAUUGAGUCUUCGCCCAUUGGGGGGCGUGAGAACACAGGCAGUCGCCCGGCUACGAGAGCUCGAGGGUACUCAUCAACCCUCUCCGUUGUCGGGAGAAAGGGCGAUACAAACUCCAAAGUCCCAGGGACUCCCGCAUUCGAAAGCUCGAUAUUAAGUAAUUUUAGAAGGAGGCCCCGGCAACCAAGCAUCUUGCAGAUGAUGCAAGCAGAGGACGGUUCCUCUGACAUUGAUGAUGAUGUUUUCCUCGGUAGUUUGAGCCCGGAAGAUGAGUCCACCCCUUUGAAUCUCCCAAGGGGUAGGCCACUCCUAAUCGGACAAACUGCGUCACCAUCGCCUAGACAUCCAACUUCGUCCAGUGAUGGGUCGCGCAAGCGUAAACUAUCUGGCGAGGCACCAUAUGCUUCUCAAUCAGACUCGGAAGAUACCGAACAUUCGCCUGCCACAUCGCCUACAUCACACUGGCGACAAAGCGGGUUUGAUGUGUCUGUUGGCCAUACUCAAAACCAGAACUCCCCUGGCGCAUUCAGCCAAACGCUGGCCCCUCCCAUGAGCAGCCCGCCAAUCAGCCCGACACAUACGAUGUCACCAUCUGGAGUGGCGCAGCAGAAGCAUAUAGACAAGUCAGCUGAGCCGGCAACCAGUAAGAAGCUGGUCUUACCGACGUCAGCCCUUCAAGACAGGCUUCUACCUCGGAGGAACCGCUCACAACGUAAACGCUUUGGUAUGGACGGUUCUGAGAUCCCAGAAGAUCCAAGUGAUUGCGAUCAUUACGCCACUGCGCAGGAUGACGACGAUGACGAAUUGUACUACCUACCGCCCAAGAGGUCAUCCCGGGCACAAAGAAAGCACUUGGUGGAACAGAAAUCCGCGAAAAGUACCAGAACUGCACAGGGGCCGCAGCCAAUGGCAAAUAGUGUCGAAGGCCAGAUAACAGGCGGCCGGAACCCUGCGGCUCAGCCGAAUGCCACGGCAAGAAAACCUGGAGUUAAAAAAGUGACACACGGAUUGGGAACCUUGAGAACAAUGGGACCUAAUAAAGAGAAUGAGCUGGCUGAUACAUCGCCUUUAUCAUCCCUUUUGUCAUCCCCCCCGGACUCAGAGGCGUCCGAGUCCGAGUCCGAGUCCACUGCACAGUUUACCCUGGGCAGUCAUUUCCUUAGCGAUGAAUUGAGGUUGCAAGCGAUGAAAUUUGCGGAUGUUGAUAAGUGGGAGUUAGAUUUCGAAGACGUGGCACCUGACAGCCAAGGCAGUGAAGCCUUCAGAUAG